CAAGCAUUAUUCAAGGCAUGGAGGGUCCCAUGCCUUGGUCUGACUAUUGCUGGUAAGUUGAAUGUCUCCAGGUCUUUGGAUGAGUCCAGUAUGAUGUGCAUUGUGACAGGCCCAUAUAUUACUUUCCAUGCUGUGAUUUACCUUGGUCAGUGGUGCAUCAACUUGACUUCCACACUAUUAUGCAUUGCAUUUGCAUGUGAUGGUUGUGAUUGGAAGGCACUCUAUGCUGCUUUUUCUGCUGCAUUGGACCUAUUGAGUCACAUAGACUCUGAUGCAAAACGCUUCAUGGCCACACCACCCAAGCUUGAACAUGGUUAUUACACACUCCCAUAUAUUUUGGAGCUGCCUGGGUAUAUCAACAAUCUGAAAAUCAAUUUCCAGAUUCUUGAGCUUCACCCAGAU